UUUAAGGAAUUCCCCUUCGCUUCCACUUCAGGUCAAUUUGUCCUUUUCUCGUUUUUUCGCCCCUCUUUUUGGGACCUCAAGUCAAUCAAUCUCUCUCUCUCUCCCUAAUUUGAAUUUGUCGCCAUGGCCAAGAGUUCCUUUAAGAUGGAGCACCCACUUGAGAGGAGGCAGGCUGAAGCUGCCCGCAUCAGAGAGAAGUACCCAGAUAGAAUUCCAGUGAUUGUAGAGAAGGCUGAAAAGAGUGAUGUCCCUGACAUUGAUAAGAAGAAGUAUCUGGUUCCUGCUGAUUUGACUGUUGGCCAGUUUGUGUAUGUGGUUCGGAAGAGGAUCAAGUUAAGUCCUGAGAAGGCUAUAUUCAUUUUUGUCAAGAACAUUCUACCACCCACUGCGGCUAUGAUGUCUGCAAUUUAUGAGGAAAAUAAGGAAGAAGAUGGUUUCCUUUAUAUGACCUACAGUGCUCUAUGGAUGUGUGUGCGCUUGACUUUGUAUUUUAGAGUUCUGGGGUUGGCAUAAGCUCAACACCGAUGGGUAUGUGGGAGAAAAAAAAGGGGAGGGUGGAGGAGGUAUUGAAUCAAUUGAUAGAAGUGGAGGGUUGAAAGCAGAACAGGGAUGAUAAUGGCAAAUGGACUAGUUUCUUGAGCGCCACGGGCAAAGGAUGGCCUCCAUCUAGUAGUCCAGUUUGAGGUAAUAGUUUUAGAAGUUGGACCUGGUGCAGAAAUUGUUAUUGGCAUCGUUAAUAAACAAUGGCCCAUCUAAUGAUAGAAUUUUACAAGCUGUGGUCAGUGACUGGUCUGCCUAUUGACGCACCCACCCCCCCCAACUUCACAAUAUGUUUCAGUGUUAUCGUAGGAUUGAAUCUUAAGCAGUUAUACAUGGGACUACCAUGAGUACUUGUUGAAUAAAAAAGAUUUAAGCACAUCAAUUACAACGUCA